AUGAUAAUAAAUAACCAAAACUCACCACAAUCAAUUAAUACACCAUCAUCAGUAUCAUCAAGACAACAUAUCAAUAAAAGUAAAAAGAAAAAAGAAAAUGUAAUUAAAAGGAUGUUAAUUAGAUUAAGUAAUUCAAAUAAUCGGUCUUUGGCAACUGUGUUUGGUGUCAUUGGUGGUUUAGUUCUUGGAAUUGUAUUAGUUUGUAAAGAAUAUGAAAAUUUCCCCUUAGUUGGAAAGGGACUCCCACUAGUAUAUCGAAUCGUGGGUAUAUUUUUAUCUGCAGGUACAGGUGGUAAUUUAUCAAGUUAUAUAGGUGGUACUAUUGAUAUCAUAACUGGUGAUAAAACAGUAGUUGACUUGUACAAAUCCUUUAAAAGGUAUUUUAAAAAAGUUAAAGAUAAAAAUCAUAGAAGUCCUAUACCUUUAACAAAUUUAAAUAAUAAUAAUAAUAAUAAUAAUAAUAAUAAUAAUAAUAAUAAUAAUAAUAAUAAUAAUAAUAAUAAUAAUAAUAAUAAUAAUAAUAAUAAUAAUAAUAAUAAUAGUGGUGGUAGUGGUAGUACUGAUAACAAUAAUAAUAAUAAUGAACCAAUAUUUAGUAAUAAUAAUAGUAAUAAUAAUAAUGAUAACAACAGUGAUUUGGAAAUUCCUAUUCCGAUUUAG